AACCAAAGAUUGAAGUAGUAACAGAAGGCAGCAGUGAUCCAAUGUGGUCGGCAGUAAGAUGUCGAACGUUGUCCUCCGCCGUCCAACAAUGGAAGCAGCGACAGCCAGGGCCCACGUUACUCAACCGCGCUUUCUGCUCUUCCUCGGUGGUAACGGAAGAACAAUCGCCGGAUAACAACAAUAGUAAGAGUCGGAGCCGCCGAGAGUUCCUGAACUUGGAAGAAGUGCAGAAAGUCCUGAGCGACGUCAAAGCAGACGACGUCCAAGUUAUUCCCGUUCCCAAAAACUAUGAUUUCGCCGAUUAUAUGGUCAUCGCCACCGGUCGCUCCGAUUGGCACGUCCGUAAUAUUGCUCAAGCCCUUAUUUACAAGGUUAAGCAAAAGCAAAAGGGAGCCAAGAGGAUGUUGUUGCCCAGUGUGGAAGGACAGGAAGGGGGGAAGUGGAUUGUUAUUGACUCAGGUUCACUGAUAAUUCAUGCUCUUGAUGAGAAAGUGAGAGCAUAUUACAAUUUGGAGAAGCUUUGGUCCUCGGGGACAUCAGCUGAUGAACAGACACAGGAUCUGGACAAGGCCUUUAUAAAGGUCCGCCGGAAGAAUAAUUCAAAAAAGCGUCCCCAAGCAAGUGCGUGAUUGUCAAACUGUGGAUGUCUAAUCGGAUCUCAUCCAAUUCUGUGGAGCACUGGCGUACUUGUUUGAAUUUUGGAUCUCCAAUUAACAAUUGAUGCAAGCGGAUGUUGUACAGUGAUUUGGUUAACAGUACCUUGCUUGGCAGAAGAAAUUUUGCCCUUGUUUGGUUUUCCCAGCGCCCUUGAUUUCCCUGCCAUGCUAUCAACAGUUCCUUUUCAUCAAUGUUUUAAGAGUGCAUCCUUCUGUCAUUGCAAGGGCACAAGAUCUAGUUACAAGAACCACCAAUGUUUUUAGAAAAUGAGCAACCCUUUUGAGGAAUUAUCUCAAACACGUAGUAUAUGAAACAUAUAGAUUACUCAUUCAAAUUUUGGAUUGUAAAUUGUUUGAGAUAAUUUUGGAUAUGAUGUACGUUAGAUAAAAA